AUGCCGCAACUUCGUCUGCGCCUAGCGCUUGGCCUUGCUGCUACGGGCUCUCUGGUUGCCGCUGCACCUUGUGACAUCUAUGACGCCAACAACACGCCUUGCAUCGCGGCACAUAGCACCACUCGCGCUUUGUAUGAUGGAUAUUCCGGCGCUCUUUACCAAGUCUCACGUGGUUCUGACAAUACCACUGCCGACAUUUCACCCAUAAAUACCGGUGGAAUUGCCAAUGCUGCUACUCAAGAUAGCUUUUGUGAGAACACUGAUUGUGAAAUCAGCGCUAUAUAUGACCAGUCGGGCAAAAGUAAUCAUCUUACUCGUGCCCCACCAGGUGGUUUCGAUGGGCCAGCAGAUGGCGGCUACGAUACUCUAGCAAAUGCAAAAGGCGCACCUAUCACGCUAAACGGACAGAAGGUGUAUGGUCUUAAGAUCGAGGCUGGCAUGGGAUACCGCAAAAAUGGAGCUAUUGGCACAGCUAAGGAUAAUGAUCCUGAGGGUAUGUAUGCCGUUCUUGAUGGGUCAGACUACAAUGACCAGUGUUGCUUCGACUACGGUAAUGCCGAGACUAGCAACACCGACACAGGUGCUGGACAUAUGGAGGCUAUCUACUUCGGUACCAACACAGCCUGGGGAAGGGGCGCCGGCAACGGGCCUUGGAUCAUGGCCGACCUAGAGGAUGGUCUCUUUGGUGGCAAAGACGCCAGGUAUAGCUCUGGUGACCCUUCUAUCACCUCGCGCUUUGUUACUGCCGUUCUCAAGGGUCAGCCGAAUCAGUGGGCGCUUCGUGGUGGGGAUUCUACUAUUGGUAAUCUCACUACCUACUACAAUGGAGAGCGCCCGGAUGGCUACAACCCCAUGUACAAUGAGGGUUCAAUCAUUCUGGGUAUUGGUGGUGACAACAGUCCUAAUGCUCAGGGCACCUUCUAUGAGGGUGUGAUGACUUCUGGUUUCCCGUCCGAUGAUACCGAGGACAAGGUACAGGCUGAUAUUGUGGCUGCAAAGUAUGCAACGUCCUAG